AUGGGGAAAAGUUCAUUGGUCUCCAGUUCUCAACCACGAUCUAUUGCAGUUGGAGAUUUCAAUAAUGACAAUUUGAUUGAUAUUGUUGUGGCCAAUUCUGGUUCGAAUACUAUUGAUAUAUUUCUUUCACGUGAUAAUGGAACAUUCAUGGAUCAAAACAUUCAUACAGCCGGUUCUCAAUCGUCUCCUUAUUCAGUUGUUACUAAUGAUUUCAAUAGUGAUAGCUUUAUUGAUAUUGCUGUGGCCAAUUAUAGAACAAACAAUGUAGGAAUGUUUUUUGGAUAUGGUAAUGGAACGAUUUCUACUCAAACUCCAUUUUCAACUGGUUCUUCUCAUCCGUUUUUUAUUAAGACUGGAGAUUUUAAUAAUGACAAUAGAUCGGAUAUUGUGAUUGCUAAUCAUGGUACUAAUUCCAUUGGUGUCUAUCUCGGCCGUGGUGAUGGAUCUUUUCAAACAGAGAAAAGAUUUUUCACUGGUUAUGAUUCCGUUCCAUAUUCCAUCGAUGUUAACGAUUUUAACAAUGAUAACAACCUAGAUAUUGUUGUGGCGAAUUACGGUACUAAUAAUAUUGGCAUUUUUCUCGGACGUGGUAAUGGAGAUUUUGAAAGUCAAAUGACUUACUCAACUAAUAUGAAUUCAAAUCCAACAUCUGUUGCAGUUGGUGAUUUUAAUAAUGACAAUCAUUUAGAUAUUGUUGUUGCGAACAACGGCACUGGAAAUCUAGGUAUUUUCUUUGGUUUCGGUAAUGGAACAUUUGCAAAACAAACAAUAUAUUCUCUUGGUUCCAAUUCUUAUCCACAAUAUGUUGCUGUUGGGGAUUUUAAUGGGGACCAGGAACUAGAUAUUGCUAUUGUUACGUCAAAUAAUGAUCAGAUACAAAUAAUUCUCGGAUCCGGUAAUGGCACUUUUUUUAUAUUAGCAACAUAUGAUGAGAUGCCAAAUUCUCAUUCAUUUUCAAUUGUCAUAGCUGACUUUAAUAAAGAUAAUCAAUCAGACAUCGCUGUGUCUAAUUAUGGCACUAAUAAUGUACUUGUAAUGAGUGGAUACUUCACUGAACUGCUUACAAGACAAACUACCUAUAUAGUUAACAUAGAUAGUAGACUCACGUGUAUAGCCACUGCUGAUUUUGAUAACGACGGUUAUCUAGAUAUAGUGGUUAAUGGUAUUGCAUAUGACUCUUUGCUCUUGCUAGCUGGUACUAGUAAUGGAACUUUUGCUCGGAAGAAAAUAUUUUCAGCCGGUUAUCAAUCGCAGCCAAAUGAAUUUUGUAUUUGUGAUGUGAAUAAUGAUAAUCAACUAGAUAUUAUCACUGCCAAUAUGGGUUCCGAUAGUGUAGGUGUUAUUCUUGGCGAUGCCAAUCAAAUCUUCAGAAAUGUAACAACCUAUUCUACUGGUAUCCAUUCUAGUCCAGCAUCUGUAGCAGUUGGUGACGUCAACAAUGAUACAAAUCUAGAUAUCAUAUCUGCAAACUCACAUACCAGUAGUGUUAGCGUUCUUCUUGGAUAUGGUGAUGGCAAUUUUGCUAUCGCUGUUAUGUAUUCUGUUGGUAUUGGUAACGAUCCUAGUUCACUGGCUCUUGGUGACGUCAAUAAUGAUGGUUAUCUUGACAUUGCUAUCACUAAUUAUUUUGCCUGCAGCUUGUCUAUACUCUAUGGAGAUGGCUAUGGGGUGUUUAGAUUAAUGAUUUUUUCAACAGGAUACAACUCAGGUCCUAGAUCCAUUACUCUUGUUGAUUUAAAUGAUGAUAGUUAUCUAGAUAUUGUGGUUGCUAAUAAUGGUGCUAGCGAUAUAGGUAUUUUCCUUGGACAUGGAGACGGAAGUUUUAGUGUAACGGCGAUGUAUUCAACUGGAAUUCACUCCCAACCAUACAAACUGGUUGUUGCUGACUACAACCACGAUAAUCAUUUGGAUAUUGUUGCUACCCUUUUCACUUCUAGCGAAGUAGUUAUUUAUUUUGGAUAUGGCAAUGGAAGCUUUCAACUAGCAAGAAGAUAUACUACUGGAUAUAAUUCAGGGCCAUGUGAUAUUGUCCUUGCCAAUUUAAACAACGAUAAACAAUUAGAAAUCAUUGUUGUUCUUUAUAGCAAAGGUUCAAUAGGAAUGUUAACGCCAUAUACUGCUGCCAACUUUAAAAAUCAAGCAUUCUAUUCCACUGGUUCAGCACCAAUGCCAUAUUCUAUAGCUAUAACUGACUUCAAUAAUGAUAAUCAAUCAAAUAUCGUUAUUGCUAAUUCAGGAACUGAUAAUUUACGUAUCGGUUUUGAUUUCUAUAAUGGUACAUUUCAGUCUCAAACAAUAUAUUCGACAGGCUUUCGUUCUCAUCCAGAAUAUGUUACUGUUGGUGAUGUAAAUAAUGAUAAUUAUCAAGAUAUAAUUAUUAUAGAUUCAUAUCAUACUAGUAUUAGUAUGAUUAUGGGAUGUGGUAAUGGGAGUUUCAAUCAACAACAGAUCACAUUUCCUGUUAACAGUGGUUCAAAUCCAUCUGCAAUUAUUGUUAGUGAUUUUAACAAUGAUAAUCGAUCCGAUCUGUUUAUUGUUAAUGAAGGCACCGACAGUAUAGCAACACUCAAUGGAUAUAAUUAUUCAACAUUUAACAGUCCAGAUAUGUAUAAAACUGCAAUCGAUCUAGGACCUGUGAUAGUUGUCACUGCUGAUUUCAAUAAUGACAAUUGUUUAGAUUUAGCCGCUCCUUUUAUGGCCAGUGGUAGUAUUGGUAUACUUCUAGGGUAUGGAAAUGGAAGCUUUAGUACUAUCAUGACUUAUCAACUAGGAACUAACGCAUCUCCUGGUGGACUUGAUGUAGGCGAUCUGAACAACGAUGGUAAAAUUGAUAUUGCCAUAGCUGACUAUGGUACUAACAAUGUAAUCAUUCUUAUCGGAUAUGGUAAUGGAAGUUUUGCUAGUAUGAUGUAUUUUUCAGCUGGGAAUAAUUCUCAGCCAUUGUCAAUUGUGAUGGCUGAUUUCAACAGAGAUAAUCGGCUAGAUAUCGCUGUAGCUAAUUCUGGUAGUGAUAGCGUAGGUGUUUUUCUUGGAUAUGGUAAUGGCAGUUUUGCCACGAUUAUGGCUUAUUCCACUGGAUACAAUUCGUUUCCAGUCAUGCUCAUCACUUAUGAUUUGAAUAGAGACAAUCACACUGACAUUAUUGCUGUUAAUCGUAAAGCCAGCACUAUCGGAAUCUUUCUUGGCUAUGGAAAUGGCAGUUUUCGAAACCAAGCAGCUUAUGCAAAUGAACAGAGUGCAGUUUCAUAUUCAGCUGCAGUAAUUGCUUUUGAUAACAACAGUGAUCCCGAUAUCAUUGUUACCAAUGAGAACUCGAAUAGCCUGGCGAUAUUUUAUAACUACAGGAAUGGAACUUUUUCGAGUAGGUAUACCGUGCAAGACAUAACCGGUUCUUUGCCGAUAUAUGUUACUGUCGGAGAUAUGAACAAUGACAGUAAACUAGACAUUAUUUUAGUAAACUAUGGAACUAAUAAUGUUAAUAUAUAUUUUGGAUACAAAAGUGGAAUAUAUAAUGGAGGAAGACCAUAUUCAACUGGUGUUGGAUCUGGACCAAUAUGGUUAGCUAUAGCUGAUUUCAAUAACGACAAUCGAUCUGAUUUUGCGAUUGCUAAUUGUGACACAAGCGAAAUUGGUGUUUUCAUAAAAAUCUCUACAUCGUUUGUAUUAGAACACCCUACGACAAUGUCAACCCAUCCAUCUUGA